AUGUCGGAGCGACGUAUCGACGUAAAUCGUACCAACUAUUCCGUAAUCGACAACGAGUUUGGCAAUAUGAGAGAUCGUUUCGAACAGGAGAUGCGUCGCGUCGAGGACGAAAUGAAACGGCUUCGCUCCGAAUUCGAAGGCUACAGACCGGGCGGUCCACCAUCUGCUCUCUCGAAUCAGGCGUACAACUCGUCCCAUUCCACUCAUCACGAGUCCCGUCGACAAGAAGGUUUUGGCGCUCCUCCGCCUCCGUCGUCAUUCGGUCGCUGUGAUUUAAUGUCCCGCCCCACAUACGACCCAUAUCUGGAUAAUCUCAAGAGUCCUUUGAUUAAAGAUGAGAGUGAUGGUAAAACUCUUCGACUCAGAUUCGACGUCGCACAGUAUAAACCCGAAGAGGUAACUGUGAAGACCAUCGACAACCGUCUUCUUGUUCAUGCGAAACAUGAGGAGAAAACGCCACAGCGUACAGUAUUCAGAGAGUACAAUCAGGAAUUUCUUCUACCACGUGGAACUAAUCCUGAGCAAAUUUCCUCUACUCUAUCCACAGAUGGUGUGCUCACCGUUGAAGCUCCACUCCCACAUCUAGCCAUUCAACAGUAA